AUGUUGGGUUUGUCUGUAUUAUAUCAUCCGUUAGAAGGAAGUGAACUCAGUGUAAAAGAUGCAAGUGCUGAUAAGGAUUUAGGAAAAAGACUCGAAGCAGUACUAACAUUUUGGAUAAGACAAAUAAAAAUUGCUCUCAGUGAUAAGGAACAGAUAACUUCAAAUGAAUUAUUAUGUCUGAAUGACGAAUUCGAGUUCUGGACUUAUCGCUAUAAUAAUCUUUGCGGACUUAUUUUCCAACUAGAAAACCCUUUGAGUCAACACAUAAUUAAUAUUUUGACACUCUCACAGUCAACAUAUAUAAGACAAUUAAAUUUAUUAACUGAAGAAAUAAACUAUGCUAUCGAGGAAGCUGAAUCAAAUAUUGAUUUUCUAAAAAUUUUGAUAGAACCCUGUACAGAUCUUUCAAACAGUUCCUCUCUCUCUGAGCUUUCUCAGCAUUUGCCAAAAAUAAUACACCUUUUCCGGGUGAUUUGGGUAAAUUCACCUUUUUUGAAAACCGUUGACAAAAUGAGCCAACUUUUUGAUUUUUUGAGCAAUCAAGUCAUACAGUGCUGUCAGGGUUUUAUUGAUCUUAAAGAAGUUUUUGCUGGGAAGACUAGAAAAAGCAUACAGAUUUUGAAAGAUUGUAUCGCAGCUUGCGAAGACUAUCAGAAAAUUUACGAAAAAAUUGCAGAGUCUCACAAUAAAAUUACAUCAGUUAAAUGGGAACUGAAUGAGGAAAUGGUUUUUCAUCACAUUCACAUUUUUAUUGAAAGAUGUUACGAUGCCAUCGAAAUUUGUCAAGCUAUGAUAGAUUUUGCAAGGAUGGAUGAAACAGCAGAAAUAGAAAAACCUUUUUUUCAAGGCACACGAGGUCCGGAAUUCGAAAAAAUGUGUCAGAAUAUAGAAGACGAAUUUCUCACCCAUUUAAAAUCAUUAGAAUUAAUUUCAUAUAAAAUGUUCGAUGUACAGCAGCCCACUUGGCACGAUGACAUGCUCAUUUUUCGAGGAAAAAUUAAAGACCUAGAGAUAAAAAUUGAAAACUUGCUCGAUUCCGUUUUUUCUAGUGUCCAUACUGUCGUGUCUGGCAUUUAUUCUCUUUAUGAAUUCUACAAUUACAUGCAAAGAGAAAACUUACAGUCCAUUUAUAACACUAAGGCCACAUUCAUAUGGAAAACAUUCGAGGAAAGAAUUCUAGAUAUAAAAUCAGAAGUAAUGAACGAAAAAAAUGAAUACUCAGCAACAUUGCCCUACUUUUCUGGAAGGGCAAAAAAUUUGAAAACGAAAAUCGCUAAACUAGAAAGAAUUAAUGCGUUACUAAAAAAAGCAGAUUGGAUUCCCUUUUGCUCUAUAAGUGAGCAAGUCUCUGAAAAAUAUGAAAUGUUAGUCACUUCAGUUAAUAAUGGAAUUAAAAAUAUUUUUCAAAAAUGGGUCAACAAUGCUGGCGAAAAUCCUCAAGAUCAUUUAAAUUGCUUUUUGAUGAAAAGAAAAAACGGAGAAAGGCAUGGAAAACUUGAAUGCAAUAUGGAUCCACGGAUUUUGGAUUUGUGUAUAGAAGCCAAUCAUUGGUUGGAUUUUGAAUUCACAUUUCCAAUAAAUAUUCAAAUGGUCCAUGAUAAGUGGGACACUCUGCUAUUUGUUUACGAAAGUGUUCUUUCUGUUGUCUUAGCCUACAAUAAAAUUCUAGACGCACUAUCGCAGGAAGAAAUCCUGCUCUUUAAAAACUUAAUUAGAAUCGUAGAUAAGAAAAUUCAACCAGGACUUCAAAGAUUGACAUGGAACUCUGAAUUUAUAGAUGCUUAUAUUAAAGAUUGUUUUACAGAAACAGCUAAUCUUCAAGAGUUUCUCGACACUUAUAAAAGAUGCAAUUUUGAAAUCCUUAGAAUAUGUGAAAAUAUUUGCGAUGAAUCAAUGAUUCGGAUUAAACCAAAUUACGCUUAUUCCUUGCCAGAAUUUAUACAAGAUCUUCUGGAUGUCAGAAAUUCUGUCCAUGAUUCUAUAAUGAAAAAAUAUAAAACUGUUGUCCAACUUCUUUUGGUAGUUUACGAAGGUUUUCAUCGCGUUAUAGAAGACACAAUGUCAGAGUGGUCCAUUUAUCUUAUGAAGAUGGAUACACUUUUAGAAGAAGCUUUUAGGCUUUGUUUAAAAAAUUCAAUGAAUGUAAUGUAUGAAGCUUUACAUGGCGACGGAACUACAGCUCCAUCUCCUCUUUUAUUACUAGAGGCAGAUUUAUUGGACAAUAAGAUUAAUUUUGUACCGAGCCUGAUUGAAAUUUCUAAAGUGAUAGAAGACGUUCACUUAAGUCUUCUUCAGUCCUUAAAAUCAUUUCCAAGAUUACUGCAAAAAUUCUUAAAGCAACCGCAUGUCAAACCUUUUUGGGAAAUGUAUGCACAUGAUAGUGAAAUUAAUCGAUUGCAACAAGCGUGUAACAAUGAAGUUGCUUUUUGCUUCUCGCAAAUUCAGGAUUACCUGAAAACUUGGGAACCUUUCCGAGACUUGUGGGAAGUGAACAAAGAUAUGUUUAUAGAAAGAUACGAAAAGUUAGAUCCCUCAGUAGCCUCAUUUGAUUCAGAUAUAAGUCGUUAUACCGAAAUGUCAAAUAAUGUUCUAUAUCAAGAUACUGUAGUCACAGUUAGAUUUUUAGAUAUAAAUUCUGAAAAACUUAAAACAGCUGUAAUUGAUCAAUGUUUUAUAUGGCAACAGAAGUUUACUAAUUUGCUAUUAAAGCUCACUGAAGUUAAAGUGGAUCACGUUCAUAAUUACGUAGUCGAAAGUAGUAAAAAAAUUAGAAAAAUGCCAACAGAUCUUGUUACGAUGCAAGCAGGUUUAAAAUACUUUGAUAAGCUUAUGGCUGAAAUCCCGAUAAAAGAGGAAGAGCUUCCCAAGAUUCAAGAACAGUAUCAAACUUUAGGAAAGUACGAAGUGCAAAUGACUUUGGAAUUUAAGAGGCGAGUUAGGGAUAUCGAUUCAAUCUGGGCCAAAUAUUUAGAAUUAUUAUCAGUGUGUGAUGUUGCUUUAUUAGAGAAAAAGGAUGAGUUUAAGAAUAAAUUGUUACAAGAGGCUACACUUCUUAGGGCAAGCACUAUAAGAUUGGCAACGAGAUUUUAUGAGGAAGGGCCUUUCAGUUCUGAACGGCUUACAAAAGAUGCUAUUCAAUGGCUUGUGAACUUCCGUAAAGAAAUGGCGAUCUUAGCAUCAAAAGAAAAGAUAUUGAAGGCCAAUUUAGCCAUUUUUGCCAUCAGUCAUCCGGAUUCUCUAGAGUUUGACAAAUUAGAUAAAGAUGUCACAGCCCUUGAGCUCGUAUGGGAUUUAACCAACGAUUGGGAUCAAAGUUGGGAACGUUAUAAAACUGGAAACUUCUGGACAAUCGAAUUGGAUGAAAUGAGUGAAACCGGAAACGUACUUUUCCGAAAACUAACAAGAUUAUCCAGAGAAUUGAAAGAAAAAAAUUGGGAAAUUAUUGAUAGUUCGAGAUCACGUGUUGACAAAUUCAGAAGAACUCUUCCGUUGAUAACUGAUUUGAAAAAUACAGCGAUGAGAGAACGUCACUGGAAAAAAGUGAAAGAAUUAAUGGAUCAAGACUUUGAUCAAAAUGCGGUUGAUUUUACACUGGAUGCAAUAGCAGAAAUGCAGAUGCACAACUUUGCUGAUGAAAUCAGUGAAAUUUCAAAUGCAGCGACCAUGGAACUUGCCAUAGAAGUGGGUCUGAGAAAUAUAACCCAAAUUUGGAAUGUGAUGCCCUUGGAAAUGAUACCAUAUAAAGGAAAAGGUGUCUUCAAAUUGAAAACAGUAGAUGAUAUAAAUCAAUCAUUAGAAGACCAUCAAGUGCAAUUAUCUGCUAUGAAAUCAACCAAGUUCGUGGAACCAUUUGCAAUGCAAGUUGAUAAUUGGGAACGAGCUUUAUCAACUGUCGGUGAAGUUUUAGAAAUGGUUUUAAUAUUUCAAAGGGGAUACAUAUAUUUGGACAAUAUAUUUAAUGCAGAAGAUAUCAGAAAGCAGCUUCCACAAGAAACUGCUGAUUUUGACAAAUUGACAAUUGUUUGGGCAAGCAUUACAUCAAGAAUGGCUGUUGCUGCAUUCGCUAUUCCAGCUACACAGGAACCACCUACCCUGCUUAUGACUCUGCAUGGGCUCAACAAGAAUUUGGAAUCAAUUCAGCGAGCUCUUGAACAGUAUUUGGAAAUGAAAAGGCAUAUAUUUCCAAGAUUUUAUUUCAUUUCAAACGAUGACUUGUUGGAAAUUCUUGCAAACUCGAAAAAACCAGAACUUAUUCAACCUCAUAUAAAAAAAUUGUUUGAUAAUAUAAAAUCCUUGAAAAUCACUAAGACACCUUCUUUGAAGAAUUUUUGUGUGGGUAUGUUUUCAAGUGAGGGAGAAUAUGUCGAAUUUCUGAAACCACUUCUUUUAGAAGGACCGGUAGAAUCUUGGUUGUGUGAAAUUGAAAGUGCAAUGAGAGCAUGUUUGAAAGAAAUUUUAAGACAAUGUCGAAGUGCUCUUCGAAAAAUGAUUGCAAAACGAGAUACAUGGGUAAAAGAAUGGCAAAGUCAACCUGGAAUAACAUCAACUCAAAUUCAGUGGACGACAGAUUGUACUCGAACACUCACACAUUGCAAUAUACUAGAAUCGAAGAAACCUUUGAAGAAAUUGAGAAAGAGGCAAAAUCAAGCCCUGGCUAAAUAUUCUGAAGCAAUUCGAGGAAAUCUGAAUAAAUUACAACGUCUAAAAUUCAAAGCAAUUGUCGUUAUUGAAAUUCAUGCCAGAGACGUUAUCGAAAAAAUGUACAAAAUCAAUUGUCAGGAUGUAUCUGCUUUCGAGUGGCUAUCUCAGUUACGAUUUUAUUGGGAAAAGGAUAUUGACAACUGCGUCAUUCGUCAAACCAAUACACAUUUCACUUAUGGCUACGAAUAUCUCGGAAAUUCUGAAAGAUUGGUUAUAACUCCCUUGACUGAUCGGUGUUACAUAACAUUAACCACUGCUCUUCAUUUAAAUCGUGGUGGAAGUCCGAAAGGACCAGCAGGAACUGGAAAAACUGAAACUGUAAAAGAUUUGGGAAAAGCUCUAGGAUUUAAUGUAAUAGUGACAAAUUGCUCUGAAGGACUAGAUUACAAAAGCAUGGGCAGACAAUUUUCCGGAUUGGCUCAAACUGGAGCCUGGGGAUGCUUCGAUGAAUUCAAUCGGAUCAACAUCGAGGUGCUUUCAGUAGUAGCGCAACAAAUUUUAUCCAUACUUUCUGCACUUUCACAAAAACUGAAAAGAUUUGUUUUUGAAGGGAUUGAAAUUUCUCUAGUAAAAACUUGUGGAAUUUUUAUUACUAUGAAUCCGGGAUAUGCUGGAAGAACUGAACUUCCAGAUAAUCUAAAAUCUAUGUUCAGACCUAUUUCCAUGAUGGUACCAGAUAGCAGUAUGAUUGCAGAAAUUAAUUUAUUUGGAGAGGGUUUUCAAAACACUCGAGCCCUUGCCAAAAAAGUCUUCACGCUCUACAGUUUAGCUCAACAACAGCUUAGUAUUCAACAUCAUUAUGAUUUUGGGCUUCGUGGAAUAGUCACAUUAACACGAUACGCUGGCAAAAAAAGAAGACUUUAUCCAAAUUUACCUGAGGAAGAGGUCGUCAUACUUGCCAUGAAGGACAUGAAUAUAGCAAAACUUACUUCCGAUGAUCUGCCCCUUUUUAUUGCUAUCACUUCUGAUCUUUUCCCUGGAGUAGAUGUCCCAGUUGUCGAUUAUGAAGAAAUAUCUAGUUAUAUCACCGAGGAAGUUCUAAAAUUAAAACUGCAACCAAUACCAUUGAUUUUGAGAAAAACCAUAGAUCUAUAUGAGACCAAAAAUUCUCGACACUCGACCAUGAUCGUAGGAAAAUCAAAUACAGCCAAAUCUGCGACCUGGACGGUUUUAAAAAACACAAUGGCUUCUCUUAAAAAAGAUGGAAAACAAGGAUUUAAUGUUGUCUAUGAAUAUCCGAUUAAUCCAAAGGCUCUUAAUUUAGGGGAAUUAUAUGGUGAAUAUAAUUUAGCAACUGGUGAAUGGCACGAUGGGGUCAUUUCCUCAAUAAUGAGAAGAACUUGUUCUGAGGAAACGCCUGAUGAAAAAUGGAUUCUUUUUGAUGGACCUGUUGAUGCUGUUUGGAUUGAAAAUAUGAACAGUGUAAUGGAUGAUAACAAGCUUCUAACGUUGAUCAACAAUGAUCGAAUUUCAAUGCCAGAACAAGUUAGCUUGCUCUUCGAAGUAGAAGAUUUAGCAGUGGCUUCUCCAGCCACAGUAUCGAGAGCAGGAAUGGUUUAUAAUGAUUACAAAGAUUUGGGAUGGCGGCCCUAUGUAAAAUCCUGGUUACAGACAAAUAACAAAAAGCCAGAAUUUCAAGAAGAGAUGAAUGAAUUAUUUGAAAAAUUCGUAGACAAAGUUAUUGAUUUUAAAAGAUUCAAUUGUGAAGAAACAAUACCAGUUCCAGAAUUAAAUGCAGUCCAAUCUCUUUGCAAAUUACUGGAAGUUUUAGCUACAAAUAAAAAUGGAGUUGAACUUCACGAUGAUCGUGACGAAUUUAAUGCGAUUUGUAAAAUGUGGUUUUUAUUUUGCAUGAUAUGGUCACUCUGCGCUUCAGUAAAUGAAGAAGGUCGUGAAAAAAUGGAUAAUUUCAUCAGAGAGAUGGAAGGCACUUUUCCCAUCAAAGAUACAGUUUAUGAAUAUUACGUUGAUAUUGGUCUGCGAAAUUUUAUUUCUUGGGAGGAAAAAUUAUCAGCUUCUUGGAAGUACACCUCAGGAAUUCCGUUUUAUAAAAUAAUAGUUCCGACAGUCGAUACUGUAAGGUACGAAUAUCUGGUCCGUGUUUUGAUGAGCCACGAAUUUCCGGUACUUUUGGUUGGUCCAGUUGGAACUGGAAAAACCUCAACUGCCCAAUCCGUUUUCGAUUCAUUAGAUCGUUUGAAGUACAGUCUUUUGGUCAUAAACAUGUCUGCUCAAACGACUUCUAGUAAUGUGCAGGAUGCUAUUGAGAGUAGAGUUGAAAAACGAACGAAAGGAGUUUAUGUCCCAGUUGGGGGAAAAACCAUGAUAACCUUUAUGGACGAUUUUAACAUGCCAAUGAAGGAAACUUAUGGGUCUCAACCACCCCUAGAAUUAAUACGUCAGUGGAUGGGUUACGGAUUUUGGUAUGAUCGCCAAAAUCAAACACGAAAACACGUUCAAAAAAUGCAAGUGAUUGCUGCCAUGGGUCCUCCAGGGGGUGGAAGAAAUACUAUUACAGAAAGGCUUCUUACUAGAUUUAAUGUAAUUAAUAUGACUCUUCCUGUUGAAAAACAAAUCAUAAGAAUUUAUGGCACGAUGCUGAAUCAACACCUGUUUGAUUUUCACCCUGAAGUCAAAGGAAUAUCGAAUGAUAUAACGCUGUCAACAAUAGAAAUGUACAAUCGAGUAAUUGUCAAAAUGCUGCCAACUCCUGCCAAGAUGCAUUAUUUAUUUAAUUUGAGGGAUAUCUCGAAGAUAUUCCAAGGAUUGUUGAGGGGUCAUAAAGAUUAUCAAUACUCGAGACCAACAUUUUUGAGACUCUGGAUUCACGAAGCUUUUCGAGUUUUCAAUGAUCGUCUCAUUGACGAAAAGGAUCGAGAAUGGUUUGUGGACCUUUUAAACGAACAGCUCGGAAAAUAUUAUGAAUUAACAUUUCAUAAUUUGUGUCCAGAAAAAAGGAGUCCUAUUUUUGGAAGUUUUAUGAAUGCUUGGAACAUUUACGAGGAUCUCACAGACAUUGUUGCAGUUCGUCGUUACAUAGAGUUGCAAAUGGAUGAAUACAACGCCUCACCAGGAGUAGUUCGACUUGACUUGACUCUUUUCCGAGAUGCUAUCGAACACGUGUGUCGUAUUGUUCGCGUAAUUUCACAGCCAAGAGAAAAUAUGCUGCUGGUUGGUAUUGGUGGAAGCGGAAGACAAUCACUCUCUCGAGUAGCUGCAUACAUGUGUGAAUUGAACACUUUCCAAAUAGAGGUCACAAAACAUUAUAGAGUGCCAGAAUUCCGAGAAGACCUUAAAGUUUUGUUCUUAAAAGCUGGAGUCGAAAAUAAGCCAACAAGCUUUUUAUUUAAUGACACACAAGUUGUUGAAGAACAAUUUCUGGAGAUAGUAAAUAACAUGUUAAGCACUGGUGAAGUAGCCAAUUUGUACAAGAAUGAUGAAUUUGAUGACAUUAAAAACAGACUAAAUAAAGAGGCAACAAAAGCUGGAGUUACAUCAACGACAGAAGGAAUAUAUAAUUUCUUAAUAGAAAGAGUACGAACAAAUUUGCAUAUUAUAUUGUGUAUGAGUCCAAUAGGAGAUGCAUUUAGAAAUAGAUUAAGACAAUAUCCAUCUCUUAUUAAUUGCACGACAAUUGAUUGGUUUCUUGAAUGGCCAAGAGAGGCCUUACUGGAAGUUGGAAAUAAAUUCUUGAUGGAUUUAAAUUUGAUUGCCACUAUCACUGGAGACAGCAAAAUCGAGGAAAGAAGAUCAGUAACAGCUCUUCCAGUAGGUUCUCUUCAAGAUAAAAUGCUUGAAGGAAUUUCUUCAAUAUUUUCUCUAAUUCAAGACACCGUUUCACAAUUUUCAAAAAAAAUGGCACUGGAACUAAAAAGAUAUAACUACGUUACCCCGACAAAUUUUUUGGAACUCGUUGCUGGUUAUAAAAAAAUGCUGGCCGAGAAAAGACAAGAAUUGGCUGACCAAGCCAACAAACUGAGAAGCGGUCUCUCAAAAAUUGAUGAUACAAAAGAAAAAGUAAAUGAAAUGGCAGUUGAACUUGAGAUCACUCAGCAACAAGUUCACCAAUCGACUAAAGAAUGUGAAGAAUUUUUAAUUACGAUUGUAAAUCAGCGAAAGGAUGCUGAUGAAACUCAAAUAAUUGUGACUGCCAAGUCUGUCAGAAUUGCUGAAGAAUCGAGAGAGUGCAAAAAAUUGGAAGAAAUUGCUCGGGCUGAUCUUGCAACUGUUGAACCUGCGAUUAAUGAUGCCAUAAAGGCUUUAGAUGCAUUAAACAAGAAAGAUUUAUCAGAAAUAAAAUCCUUUACUCGACCACCACCUAAAGUAGAAAUGGUAAUGGAAGCGAUAAUGGUAUUAAAAACUUCUGAGAAAUCCUGGGCUGAAGCAAAACGUCAAUUGGGUGAUGUUAAUUUUCUUAAUUCACUGAGAGAUUUUGAUAAAGACCACAUUUCAGAUAAGACUUUGAGGACUAUUAAUAAAUACACUUCAAAUCCAGAAUUCGACCCAAUAAAAGUUGGAGUUGUAUCAGUGGCUGCAAAAUCACUCUGCAUGUGGGUUAUUGCAAUAGAAAAAUAUGGAAAACUUUACAGAAUUGUAGCACCAAAGAGGGAAAGAUUGCAAGCAGCUUUAGCUUCUUUGAGAGAAAAAGAAGCAGCACUAGCUGAAGCUGAGGCUCAAUUACAAAUACUGCGUAAAGAAUUGCAAAAGCUGCAAACUAUGUAUGAUGCUAAAAUGAAGGAGAAGGAUGAUUUGAUUAAAUUGGCAAAAUUAUUAAAAUUAAAAUUGGAAAGGGCAGCCAUGUUGGUUGACGGUCUUUCUGGAGAAAGAAUACGAUGGCAAAAUACAGUUGCUUCUUUAGGCGAACUUUUUUAUUUAUUGCCUGGAGAUUGUUUAAUAUGCACUGCAUUUGUAUCAUAUUUGGGUCCAUUUGUCUCAAACUACAGGGAAGAUUUAGUCAAAAUUUGGACCGAGGAGGUACUGGAGAAAGCAAUCCCAAUGUCAAAGGAUCUUGAUAUUAAAGAAUUUUUAAGUGAUCCAACGACAAUAAGAGAGUGGAAUAUUCAAGGAUUGCCUUCGGAUGGUUUUAGCACUGAAAAUGGAAUAAUAGUGACAAGAGGAACUCGAUGGCCUCUUAUGAUUGAUCCUCAAUGCCAAGCUGUGAAAUGGAUUAAAAAUAUGGAAGAAAAUAACUCAUUGAAAGUCAUCAAUUUUGGUCAGCCAGAUUUUACAAGAAUCUUAGAACAAGCUCUUCAAUUUGGAAAACCAGUACUUUUGCAAAAUAUUGGAGAAACUCUUGAUCCAGCCUUAAAUCCAAUUCUGCAAAGAGCUUUUAUUAAGACAGGAAAUGAAAUAAUGAUAAAGUUCAAUGACAAGAUGAUCACCUAUAACAAUAAAUUCCGUUUAUUUAUUACAACGAAGCUUCCGAAUCCACAUUAUGCUCCAGAAAUAUCGACCAAAACUACUUUAUGCAACUUUGCGAUUAAGGAACAAGGCUUAGAGGCACAACUUUUAGGCAUCGUAGUGAGAAAAGAGAAGCCUCAGCUGGAAGAGCAGAAAGAUAAGUUAGUCCUGACAAUUGCAGAUGGAAAACGCACACUUAAACAACUUGAGGACAAAAUACUCUAUUUAUUGAAUGUCACAACCGGUUCGCUUUUGGAUGACCUGGAUCUUUUGAAUACCCUGCAAAGUUCAAAAGCAACAUCAGAUACAGUCCAGCAAUCUUUGAUAGUAACAGAAGAAACGGAAAAAGAAAUUGAUUUUGCAAGGGAAGGAUAUCGACCAUGUUCGAAAAGGGCAGCUAUUCUAUUUUUUGUUCUCAAUGAUAUGAGCCUCAUAGAUCCAAUGUACCAAUUUUCUUUAGAGUCUUACAUAUCAUUAUUCAUGAUUUCAAUCGAUAGAAGCCCUAAAAGACAAAAACUGGAUGAAAGAAUACAGGCUCUAAAUGAUUAUCACACUUAUGCACUCUACAGAAAUACAUGUCGAGGUCUUUUUGAACAACACAAGCUCCUUUUCUCAUUUCACAUGUGUAUAAAAAUAUUAGAAGCCCAAGAAAAAAUUGUGACAGGAGAAUAUGCAUUUUUAUUGAAAGGUGGUAUAGUUUUGGACAAAGAAAACCAACCUGAGAAACCAGUAGCUUGGUUGUCUGAUGAAGCUUGGGACAAUGUUACGGAACUUGAUAAGUUGCCAGGAUUUCAUGGAGUGACAUCUUCCUUUGAACAGUUUCCAAGAGACUGGAAUUAUUGGUACAUCCAUACUGAGCCAGAAACUUUACCCCUUCCUGGAGAGUGGGAAGCAGCUUGUAAUGAAUUCCAGAGGAUGCUUCUCGUUCGCAGUUGUCGAUCAGAUAGAAUGUCAUUUUGUUUGACAACCUUUAUUGCAAAUCAUCUUGGACAGAGAUUUGUCGAACCACCAGUUUUAGAUGUCAAAGCUGUACUCAAUGAUUCAGUUGCUCAUUCUCCUCUAAUUUUUGUUUUAUCACCAGGAGUUGAUCCCACCAGUUCACUUAUGCAACUGGCUGAGAGUCAAGAAAUGAUGAGUCAAUUUCUGACCUUGUCACUUGGUCAAGGCCAGGCACCAAUUGCUACCAGAAUGAUAGAAAUGGGUACAGCUGAUGGUUCCUGGAUAUUUUUAGCCAACUGUCACCUCUCCCUCAGCUGGAUGCCAAAACUUGAUAAGAUUGUAGAGAAUUUGUCAUCCAACAAAAAUCUGCAUCCUAAAUUUAGAUUGUGGUUGAGCUCGAGUCCAACGCCCCACUUUCCAAUUUCAAUUCUUCAGACUGGAAUAAAAAUGACAACAGAACCGCCAAAAGGAAUUAAAGCCAAUAUGACAAGGCUCUAUAGUAUGAUAACAGAAAACCAAUUUGAAUACUGCCAAGCUAAAUCCAAGUACAAAAAACUUCUCUUCACUUUGGUCUUCUUCCAUUCAAUUCUCAUCGAACGCAAAAAAUUCCAGCAGUUGGGCUGGAAUAUUGUUUACAGUUUCAAUGACUCGGAUUUUGAGGUAUCAGAAAAUCUGUUAGAAGUCUAUCUUGACGAGUAUCCAGAGACACCUUGGGACUCACUUAAAUAUUUGAUAGCUGGAAUAUGUUACGGUGGUCAUGUUACUGACGAUUGGGAUCGUAGAUUGUUAAUGACUUAUGUCCAACAAUUUUUAACUGAUGAUGUCCUUAACACACCUUAUUAUCAGUUAUCCUGUUUACCAACCUAUUAUGUUCCUCGAGAUGGUCCCCUUGAAUCUUACAGAGAUUUCAUCAUGAUCUUGCCAAAUACUGAUAGACCUGAAGCUUUUGGUCAACAUCCAAAUGCUGAUAUCACAUCUCUAAUCAUAGAAACUAGAAACAUGUUUGAAACUCUUAUGGGUCUACAAAUUCAAGCAAGUUCUAGUGAAGAAGAAAUCAAUAAAGAAGACAAAGUUAUGCGAAUGGCACUCGACAUUUCCACAAAGAUACCAAAGCCUAUAGACUAUGAAAACACAGAGAAGCUGAUCGGUCCAACGAAAAGUCCUCUAGAUGUAGUUUUAUUGCAAGAAAUUACGAGAUACAAUGCUCUUUUGAAGAAAACUCGAUUCAGUUUAGAAGACCUUCGACGUGGAAUCGAAGGUUUUGUUCUCAUGUCUGCUGAAUUGGAAGAAAUUUUCACUUGUAUUUAUGAAGGUCGAGUUCCCUCUUCUUGGUUGAUAGCAUAUCCUUCAUUAAAACUUGUUGGCUCUUGGACUAGAGAUUUAAUCAGUCGAGUUGAACAUUUCUCAAAAUGGGCGGAAACUACUCAUCCGCCUUUAUUAUUUUGGCUUAGUGCCUUUACUUUUCCCACUGGAUUUCUCACUGCAGUUUUGCAAACUUCAGCUAGAUCGUGGAAUAUCUCAAUUGAUUCGUUAUCCUGGGAAUUUACCGUUUUUACGGUAGAUGAUUCUACUAUUGUCGAUCUUCCAGAAGAUGGUGUUUACGUUAGAUCAAUUUUUCUUGAAGGCGCUGGAUGGGAUAAGAAAAAUAGUACGCUUAUGGAACCAGCUCCCAUGUUACUUGUUUGCAACAUGCCUGUAAUUCAUUUCAGACCAGUGGAGCAACUCAAAAAGGAAACUAAAGGAAUUUACAACUGUCCUUGUUACUAUUACCCCCAAAGAAAUGGGAACCAAGGCAGACCGGCAUAUAUUGUAACUGUUGAUCUAAAAACUGGUUCAGAAGGAUCUGAUUUUUGGAUCAAACGAGGCGCAGCUCUUCUGUUAAGUCUGGCUUCUUAGUUCUUUAAGAUAACAGGUUACAUUAUUUAAACUAUAUUCCACUUAUUUAUUAUAUACUAAAUGAACAAAAAAUAAAGUGUUA